CAACUUGAAUUAGUGGAACCAAGCGGCUGGAUUCAUGUUCCUUUAACAGAUACUCAUAAGAAGCCUAUUCGCACGUUUAUGAUUCAGAUUGCUGUUCUAGCUAAUCAUCAAAAUGGAAGAGACACUCACAUGAGACAAAUCAAAGUGUACACCCCAGUGGAAGAGAGCUCUAUUGGUAAAUUUCCUAGAUGUACAACAAUUGAUUUCAUGAUGUAUCGGUCCAUAAGAUAA